AUGAGUAGGAAUGUGGAUAAGGCAAAUUCAUUGCUUGUGAAGUAUCAAGAAGCUCAAGCAGAAGAAAAAACUGGAUAUAAGGAUUAUUCAAGGUAUAAAAGACCAACGAAUGUUUCCAAGGUGCAGUCUUUACAAGAAGCUCUGGAAUGGAGGAAACAGUUGAUGCAUGAAUUCAAGGACAAAUCCUCUAGGAUGUAUAAUCCUUGGUUGAAUGAUUCGCAAUUGAUUGAAUUAAAUGAUGAACUAAAUGAAUUACUUAGAGAAAAAUCGAAAUGGGACUGGCAUAUUUCUAAUAGAUUGGGCGACACUAAGCCCACGAGGAGCAAGAAUGGAAUAGUUGGAGGGAAAUUAAUCAUGGGUAAAAGAUAUUUUGGUAGAGCUUUGGAACUACCGUCUGUCAAAGAAAUGAUAAAGAAUCAAGAUCAAGCUCUCAAAGAGAAGAAAGCAGAUAACAAUCUAGUGGAUAUGAAACUCAUACCGAAGGAUAAAAGAUCAUUAUACUUUACAGGAACUACAAAUGACAAAGCACAACAAAAUGGUUGGAAUAACUACAUGGAGCAAUUCACUGAAACAAUGGAACAUGAAAUCGACAACGAAACCCUUCCAUUCGAUGAUGACAUACCGGUGCCAUCUUUAGAAGAUAUGGAAAAAUGGCUAGUUGCAAGAAGAAAACAAAAAUUACUAGAACAAAUAGAAUUCGAUUAG